UACUAUUUUCUACAAAACCUUUCUCAAUUCAUGUGUGCAUGAUUUUCAAUUUCUGAUAAGUCAUAGCAAACUUCAUUUUCAUAGCUUUUAAAUGACAAUGUAAUUUUACAUCACUGAUGUGAAUAGAAAAGAUCAGUUUCUCACAACUUUAUAGAAAGAUUUCCUUUCUUUGUACCUGGAAUGAGUAAUAGUUACCUUAGACAAAUGUUAAUUUCCGACGGUUCUAGUGUUCAAAAGAAACUUGACGUUACUCGGCACGAUAAAGCCGAAGAUAGAGCUAAAAAGGAUCUGUUAAAAUUCACUCUCGUAUUUUUGACGCUCGCCGGAUGCUGGCGACCAGUGUCAUGGACAUCCUUGUACAAAUACAGACUCUACAACAUUUAUACGGCAAUUCUGGUUCUUUUAUUGUACACGUUCGCGAUUUCCCAAUUCAUGGACAUUGUUCUAAACGUCGACAAUCCCGAGGAAUUUACUAGCGUUUUGUACAUAAUGAUGACUGUGUGCGUCGCAUCCUUUAAGAUAUCCAAUAUGUUAAUAAACCGUAAAAACGUAGCGGACAUUGUUAAUACUCUUACCGAAAAGCCGUUUAAACCGAUGAUAACCGGCGAAAUUAAAAUUCGCCAAAAUUUCGACAAAAUGGUACGGUAA